CAAAAUAGCAACACAUGUCCAAAAGUAAACCAUACAUAGAACAGGGAUUAACUAAAGACGUCUGAAGUCAAAAUAAAGAAAGGAAUUACUGAAAUAACAUUUUUUUAUUUAUUAGCUGUUCUGCAACAGCAGACUGUUUACAGUCAUUUCUGCUUUAUUUGAGAUUUCCGAUUUAUUAUUUGUAACGUGAACGCAACAAAGUCGACUUUGCCUUCAGGAUGAUGUGCAGCAGCUAGCAGAGCCAGCAGUCAUGUCUAAGUUCAUCCUGGGGAUAGAUUUGGGCACCACGUCGGUGAAAGCUGUAUUAUUGGCAGCGGGCUGCAGAACUGUGGCUGCGGGUCACUCGGAACCAACCGCUGCCGAGCUUAGCGACGAUAGCGGGAUAAAGGCGAAAGAGCAGGAUCCCGGUCUGAUAAUAAACGCUGUGAACCGAUGCUUGGCUCAGCUACCCGGAGACAAACUGCAGCAUGUCAGCAGGAUCGGCCUUACGGGACAGAUGCAUGGGGUUCUGUUAUGGAAGGCAAAGAGCGGCUGUGAUUGGUCAAAUGGGAACUAUUUCACACCCAGAGACACCAGUCAGCUGGUCACAUGGCAGGACGGUCGCUGCAGCAGUGACUUCCUGUCUUCUCUUCCAAAGCCGGAGUCUCACCUCGGAGUUUCCACGGGCUUCGGCUGCGCGACGAUCUUCUGGUACAUGAAGCACAGGCCUCAAUUCCUGGAGGACUUCAGCGUUGCAGGUACGAUCCAGGACUACGUGGUGUCCAUGCUGUGCGGGUUGGACUCGUGCGUGACGACGCCUCAGAAUGCAGCCAGCUGGGGCUUCUUCAACACCGCAAGCAGUCAGUGGAACGAGAACAUUCUGAAGACUGCUGGCUUCCCCGUUCGCCUGCUUCCUCGGUGUGUGCCGCCUGGUGCCUUGGUGGGACAGACGCGCUCUGACUGGCACGGUAUUCCUGCUGGUACACCAGUAGGGGCCGCCCUAGGAGACUUCCAGUGCUCCGUCUACUCCUGCAUGAGUUCACCAGCAGAUGCAGUUCUCAACAUAAGCACAUCAGCCCAGCUGACGUUCGCCAUGCCAGCUGACUUCACACCUCCCAACUCUCCUCAGCUUGGGUCGUCCAUCUCCUACUUCCCUUACUUUGACUCGUCGUACUUGGCUGUGGCGGCGGCGCUCAACGGCGGGAAUGCGUUGGCCACUUUUGUGGAAACGUUGACCGCCUGGAUGAAAGAACUCGGUGUGGAGCCGAGGGACUCAUGUUUGUACGAGAAGCUGAUUGGCUCUGCCCUGAACCAGGAGAGCAGCGACCUGAUGGUGAGUCCCACCAUCCUGGGGGAGAGACACGCCCCCCUCUGCCUGGGUCAGGUCACCAACAUCUCCGCCUCCAACCUCUCGCUGGGCCACGUGUUCAGAGCGCUUUGCCGCGGCGUCGUGAGCAACAUCGCCUCCAUGAUGCCCGUGGAGCACCUGCAGCGGGCGGGCGUCCGCAGGCUGGUGGGGAGCGGGAACGCGCUCGCUCGCAACGAGGUGCUGAGGCAGGAGGUGGAGAGGGCGUUUCCUCUCCAGGUGGUUUAUGGACAGAACGCCGACUCUGCUGUGGGCGUGGCCAUGGCCCUCUGUGACCGACUCUGAACAGCCGACGGGGGAAUCCCUGCAUGUUUUAUUUGAUUCGCUCAGAUUUUUUUGCACAACUUUUGAGACUUUGAUUGAAUAUAAUUGUUGUUUUAACUAAUUAGCAGGUUUUCUUAAAGUAGACUUGAUUCAAACAUUUUGAUUUUUAGAAAACUCUUAAAGGGGCAGUAUUAUGUGUUUGUUUUUUUGUCCAGGCACAGAGUGCCAUUUUAUUCCACAGUCAUAUAAAAAUGCUAAAAUGGAAUUAUUAUGUAAAAUUGACUCUUUCUUUAGCUGUUAUAAUAUUAUUUCCUCAUCAAAAAAAUACCUGGAGUGCUGCUUUGAGUCCUUCAUCCUUUUUUGAGAAAUCCUUUAAUCUGCCAUGGCAACCAUUCAGCUGGACAAAACGCCUGGUUGCUACCUAAAAAUCGAUCUAUCAUCAAUUGAUCCCUCAGAAGUUUUUUUUGUGACUUAAACACUUUGCUCUGCUCUUCUUUUCUUGUCUGGAAAUAACUUUUACAAUGCAUCGUAAAGUCUUCAGAAUCUCAGUUGAUCAUUUUGCUAAGGUUGUAUUUGUUUUUUUUUUUUUAGAUCAUUAGAUUUGAUAUAAAAAAAAGUGCUUAGGACAUUGGUAGAUAUUACAAAAUCAAUAGAAAUCACUUACUGAUCCCAAUCGGGAAAUCAAUAAACAUCUGUUUCUGACAGCA